GCAUCAUUGCCUUUUCGCACGUGCCAAGCAUAAUUCAGUCAAUUUGGUUUCAAAAUAAAUAUUUUCCGAUAAAAUCUCAAACCCUAAUUUCUCUGAAACAUUUCCAACUCUUCCGCAAGAAUAGGAAUUAUAAAUGGCUGAUGAAACAGUUGUCAACGGAGAAUUUUCUGAUGUUAAGUCGGUGGAAAUUACUGAGGGUGAUGAUUCUUCAAAGAUUUUAAGUCUAACUCAGAAAAUCAGUGAUCUCGAGCGUGAAAAUGGGAAAAUUAUCCAGCAAAAUGAGGAUUACAGGCAGAAAAUCGAUGAGCUGAAGGCAUCGAUUGAAGAAUUGAGCGGCGAGAUUGCGGAGGGUAAGAAAGAGUUGGAGGAAUUGCGAUCCGAGAAUAGGGCGUUGGGGGCAGUGGCAGCUCGAGCAGCGGAUCUGGAAGGGGAGGUGUCGAGGCUGCAGCAUGAUUUGGUGUCUGCGAUGAGUGACCUGCAGGAGUCGAAUGCGGAAAUCUCCAACUUGAAGAGGGAUUUGGAGGGGGUGAUGGAGAGGGAGAAGGCGAAGGAUGUUGAGUUGGAUGCUGUGGGGAAGGAGAGGGACUUGCUGCUGGCUAAGGUUCGGAAGCUGGAGGAAGAGGAAGUCAGUUUCAGGGGUGAAUCGGAGGGGAAGGAGAAGGAGAUUCGGGUCUUGAAAAAGGAUCUUGAGGAGUUGGAAGUGGUUUUGGAAAGCAAUAAGGUUCUGGAGAAGCUGAGGGCCGGUUUGGAGAAGACGGUUGAGCAGCUGUCGGGGAAGAUCAGCGCACUAGAGACUAGUUUGGACGAUAAGCAGAAGGUGAUCACCGGGUUUGAAGCGAAGGAGAGAGCGGUUGCGGAGAGCUUUUUCAAUGGCGAUGCUUUGCUUCACGCUGAAACGAGGGAUGGCUUCAAGGAAAAGAACUGGCUGGUGGUCGGAGGUCUGGCCGUUGCUGCGGCUGCUGUUGUGGGGGUGGCGUGCUACACACGUGCCUCGAGAAAACACUGAGUUGAAGAACACGCGUAGAUGCUCUGUUGCUGGAAGCAGUUAGAGGCUAGGAUGAUUUGAAUAUGAAUCUACCCCAAAUUGAUGAUGAGGAUGAGUUUCAAUUUUGAUUUUGUGUUGAUGGAGCUUUGUUAUAUGCUACUACUAUCAGUUUUAUGUGUUUUGGUUUGAUUUGUUGUGGAAUAAUGCUUGAUGAAACUGCAUCUAUCAAGUGUUAGUUUCUAUAUUCCCACUUUGACUGUAUUGUAUGAAGUCUUGAAAUUUGGAAUAUUGUUACAUUUUAGAAAAAGUUUUUCACUUCA